CAAACACACAAACCAAAACUAUAUUGUCACAUUCCACAAAAGCAAGCACAAGGCAAAGAAAGAAAGAACAAUCAAGCAAAACAAUGGCUCAAGCAAUGGCAUCAAUGGCGGGUGGCCUUCAAGUGAGUGGCUCCACACGUUUGCAUGGCAGAAGGGUAGCCUCAGUCACACGUGCAGGGUUCACAGUUAGAGCACAACAACAACAGCAAGAACAACAAGUGAGUGGUGAGGCACAAAGUAGCCGUAGGACAGUUCUUUCUCUUGUUGCUGCUGGUUUGGCCACUGGUUCCUUUGUUCAAGCUGUUCUUGCUGAUGCCAAAUCUAUCAAAGUUGGUCCACCUCCUCCACCUUCUGGUGGUUUGCCUGGAACCUUGAACUCAGAUGAAGCAAGAGACCUUGAUCUGCCACUGAAAGAUAGGUUCUUCCUUCAACCGCUGUCUCCUAGUGAGGCUGCACAAAGGGCAAAGGAAUCAGCGAAGGAAAUUGUUGCUGUCAAGUCUUUAAUAGAAAAGAAGGCUUGGCCAUAUGUUCAGAAUGAUUUGCGUCUCAGGGCUGAGUAUCUGCGCUUUGAUCUCAACACUGUCAUUGCUGCAAAGUCUAAGGAUGAGAAGAAAUCACUCAAGGAACUCACUGGCAAACUCUACGAGAAUAUCAGCAAUCUGGAUCAUGCAGCAAAAAUUAAGAGCAGCCCAGAAGCAGAGAAGUACUAUGCUGCUACUGUUUCUACUCUGAAUGAUGUUCUUGCCAAGCUUGGUUAAUGUCAUUAGUUUCUUGCUUUUUCUUCUGUAAGCUUUUGUCCAUCAUUUUCUCAGACACUUUGUUGACUGCUAUUUUAAGAAAAUCAAAUGAUGAGGGAAAAUUUUCUAUAAA